AUGUCUUAUUUGUCACUCCGCGGAAUACUUGAAUCUGAAAAAUUGGUUGGAUCCAAUUAUGACGAUUGGUACCGUAGCCUGAGAAUUGUUCUCAUGCAUGAAAAAUUGAUUGACAUCAUUGACAAACCUGCUGUGGUUGCACCGGUUGACCUAAAUGACAAUGAAGCAACCAAGACUUAUGAGAAGUAUUUGGAACAAAGCCUUACUGCUAAGUGUAUCAUCCUUGCAUCUAUGAGUUCCAAUCUUCAGAGACAACAUGAGGAUAUGAACCCUCCUGAAAUCAUUGAACAUCUUAAGAAGAUGUACGGUGGACAGAGUAAGACAGCUAGAUAUCAGUUAUCUAAAACUCAGUUCAGGCUCAUGUGCUUAAGAUGA